AUCCCGCACCCUGCUGAAGUAUUUCCAACUCCCGCUUGACGAUUCAGACAAUAAAACCAUCCAAUGAGUAUCCUUCCGCACUCGCGAUAGCCUCUAACGCGUACAGCAGCGACCAUGGUUCGCAAGGUGGUGCGCGGCCGCGUCGAGCCGCUCGCCGCCGUCGUCUCGCCGCAGCAGGCGGCGGCAGCGGCGGCGCACAUCGCGCAAUCGCUAAAGGAGGAGCAAGUCAACGCGGACCGCCUGAGACGGUUCAAGCAGGAGAACGCGGAGCUCUGCUCAAUAGUCCGGUCGCUACCCGACAAAACGAGCCACGCUGUCAUGGUCCCCUUCGGCCGGGCUGCUUUCUUCCCUGGUCGUCUCGUGCACACCAACGAGAUGACCCUUCUGCUGGGAGACGGCAUCUACGCCGAAAGAUCCGCCACCCAGGCGGUGGGGGUGCUGCGGCGACGUGGCGCGAUGAUAGAGCGCCAGCUGGAGGGGUGCCAGGCCAAGGUGGAGGAGCUACGUGGCGAGCUGCGAUUCGCCGAGCAGGCUGGGGCGGAUGCUGAGGAGGGGUGUGUGGAGAUACACGAAUAUGAGGAAGAGGUGGAGGGGGAGGAGAGGGAGGCGGAAGGGAAAGGCCAAGGACUAUCACAAGCGAAGGGAGGGGCAGGCAGAGCGGAGGAAGAGGAGACGGUAACUGGGAGAGUCACGGGAGGAGCAGCAGGGGAUGCUAUGGGGAAAGAAGUGGGGUUGUCAAAGGUAAAGGGUGGUGGGGAUGGUGGUGGGAGUGGUGGUGGGAGUGGUGGUGGGAAGGAGGAGGGGGAUGAGGAGGGGGACGAGGAGGAUAGGCGCAUUGAGGCUCUAUUUUCUGAGAUGGAGGCUGCAGAGGCGGCUGCUGCUGCUGCUGCUGGUGAGGGGGAUGAGGAGGAGGACGAGGAGGAGGAAGGGGAUGAGGAAGAUGAGGAGGAAGAAGAGGAGGAGGACGAUGAGGGAUUUGAGGACGAAUGGGAGGAAGAGGAGGAGGAAGAGGAAGAAGAGGAAGAGGAGGAGAAGUGGAGAAAAGAACGAGAGAGCAAAGUGGACACUGAGCACAAGGUGUUAGAAGACGGCAUGUCUGCAAUAAGCAUAGCCGCCCCAGAGGAAGGGGAACAGGGGAAGGCGAUCAAAGGAGAGCGAGCAGGUGGGGCAAGGCAGCAGGGGCAGAGUGUCCUGCAGCCAAAGCCCACAGAGAGACCCCAGGCAAAGCCAAUGGCCCCAUCUGCCAGUCAGCUUAAGGCGUUCUCAGGAGCUGUUGUGGAGCGAACUCCCGACUCCUCUGCCCCACCGCAACUCCCUUUUGUGUCCAUCCAGCCAUCAGCACCAUCCAGGCCUGUCUCGCGAUUCAGGCAGCGCCAUGGGGGUCACUAGUGACAAGAGGCAGCAUCUUCCGUGCAGUUUCCCAGACAUGACCUUCACAUCUCCCAAUAUGCUGCUGUGCUUGACGUCAUUCAGCGCCACCCUGCCUGUUCAUUCAUAACAAAUUGCGUACUACAGUAACACUCUCGCGCCACCCUUCGCAUGCACACAGAAUUUCCUUCCCCUCCCCUUUUCGCGAAACGCGAUUUCGUGGCUGACCAACCCCGUAGGGCGUGUCCCACUCGUACACUCGACCGCGGUCGGGAACGGUUCAAACACUUGACCGCUUUGGAACAUAUAGCACCAGAUUCAACCGUACUAAGUGAAUCUAAAACAAAGGCGAGGGACACGCCCUAAUGCGUCGGAUCUGGACCUUGCCUUGAAAUCUCCGCUGCUCUGACUACUGCUGAAUUAUUGGACGAUUAUUCUUUCAAGGCUAGGGGAAGGCGAAGUCUGCCGCACGAGUUUCCUCAUUGUCCUAGCGACGCAGUUUCGAUGCCACCUCGCGGCCUCUUUCCCGCGAUUAUGCUUGCUGCCGGCCAUCUCGCCAGUCCCCCACCACGACGACCGUCGUCGCACAACGAUGACGUCUUGCCAGUCCGUUUCGCCUUGCGCGACGUCGCAGCGAGGCGCGUCCUUCUAGCUCCGAGCUCGAGUCGAUACCAUCCUCAGCCUUCACCGCUGGAGCUUCUCUGGAGUAUACCGUAAUCCCCCGUAUAAAACACCCGCCGGAAUUAAGCUCCCCCGGGUAGCUUGAGCGGGUAUGGGUGUUUAAUUUUUCUGGAUAUACACAACACCCUACUCUCGGACGUGAAAACAUUUGAACACCCCCCUGCCACUAGAAUCUCCAUUUCUAGCAGGAAAUGCCAGAAUUUCGUGUUGCGUCGUUCCGCGGCUCAAUCGCAGAAAAAAACUGCUCGCGCCGAAAAUUUACUGUACA